AGGCCAAACACUGUUUUUUCUUCACAUUUUUUUCCACGUGUCCUCCUCAAUUGUUAUAAUGCCAAGCAUCCUGACUGCAACUUUCUUCUUUUUGCUGUAUCUCUUGAAGUCCAUUGUCAUGUGCUGUGUGAAAGAAUAAUUUUGUCGUUUGUCAUAAGGAGGGAGCAGGGGCGGACUGACCAUUUGGAAACUCGGGCACUGCCCGAGGGUCCGGGGUCAGUAGGGGGCCCCAUGAGAUGCCCCUGGUACCUUUUUCAUAGGCUUUUUUUAGUUUGGGCAAGGACACAGGGGCCCCAUGAUCCCCUAUUGCCCGGAGGCCCCAUG